AUGUCACUGUACUCUCUGAUUGAUCAUUGCACUAUACUCUCAACUUUUUCAACAUUUAUUACAGGGCGUUAUCAGUUCAUGCUUGGAUUUUUGUAUUUCGCUAGACUGACAAAAAUUCCUGAAUCGUUAGUAUUAUUGAGAAUUAUAAAUCAUGAACGCUCUAUACGUAUAGUAGAUUUAAUAUUUAAACUCUUGGCUGCAUGGACUGUUAUAGCUGGUAUUGCAUUUGUUCUUGAACACAUAGGUAAUUUUUGGACCACAGAACGUAACAAUCAAAACCUUGAAUAUUUGGAUUGCCUAUACAUGAUCCUGGUAACAUUGGCUACCGUUGGUUAUGGAGAUAUUGUAUGUACAAGUUACAUAGGUCGUAUUUUCAUUAUAUUCGUUAUUAUUGGAACACUUGUAUCAGUAACAACGCAUAUGUCAGAACUUAGUGAAUUAUUUCAACAACAUAACCAAUAUAACAAAGCGAUUUAUAUGGAACACAAUCCAAGGCACAUAGUUGUAUGUGGAUCAAUAAACUACCAUACACUUUCAAUAUUUUUUGAUGAAUAUGUGAAUGCCGAUCAAGGCCAUUACGAUGAAAAUAUGAUGAUUGUCAUCCUCUCAGAGAUUGAUCCUGAUAUUAGUCUAACGGCGUUACUUCAGAGAGAAAGCACUACGAUGAGAUUUUUGAAAGGAUCCGUGACACUACCAGAAGACUUGGAAAGAGCUAAAGUGAGAACUGCUGAGGCUGUGAUUAUUCUUUCUGAUAAAUGUAGUCAAACCCCUGUUGAAGAUGACUGGAAAAAUUUAAUGUGUGUUGUUUCCAUAAAAAAUCUAUAUCCAAAUAUUCGAAUAAUUUGUGAACUUAUGUUAAUUGAAAGUAAGGUAUGGAUGUCAAAUAUACCUGGGUGGAAAGAAUAUGAAAGUGACCAAUUCGAUAGAGCUAUUUGUUUAACACAGAUGAAACUUGGCCUACUGGCAUUGAAUUGUGUUUCAAAUGGGAUAUCAACUCUGUUAUGUAAUUUUAUAAUGCGUGAUUCAGUACCGACAGCUGCAGUUAGAAAAACUUUACCUCGUUGGAUAAAUGAAUAUUUUCAAGGUACAAAAUAUAAAUUAUAUACAGUAAAAUUAUCUCAUGCAUUCGAUGGGAUGAUGUUUCAACAAUUAGUUGGCUUUGCCAUGGAAUUUUGGGGUUUACUUUUAUUAGCUGUACAAGUUUAUACCAAUAAUGAUAAGAAAACUCAAAUGAUUAUCAAUCCAGGUGUACGGGUACGAAUUAAUACCCAUCGAAUGCGUGCAGUUGUUUUGGCUAAAAAUUUAAUCGAAGCACAACGCUUGAGGACUUUCUCAAUUGAUGGUCAAAUAAUGUUCGAUAAUUAUGGCCAAGUAAUAUUUUCGUCACUUAGUCGAAAUCAGGAUAAUAUAUGCGAGCAGUCAAAUACACUUUCCCCAAUUGCAAAUAGUUUUGUUAAAACAAUUCAAAUGUGUUUUAGAUUUCUUCGACAACCAAUUGUAACUUACUGUAAUAUGAGGAAAGCCAAAGUAUUACCAAAAGUUCCUACAUGUGCAAGUAGUUUUUCGAUAAAUUCUUAUUAUCGUUAUCCGUAUCCGGAUAGUACAGUAACUGAUUUAGCGCAACUACAAAGACUGAAUGUAAUCGAUUUACAGUGUGAUAGUACCGGUUUAUUUUAUUGGGUAACUGAGAGAAAAUUUUCAAAUAUAUGUUUGACGAUGAAAGAAAUGAUUCGCUGUCAGUUUGAAAAUCAUAUCAUUGUAUGCAUCAUGAAACAACCUAAAGAAAUAAAAUCAGGUUUAGCUAGUUUUGUACUUCCACUCAGAUCAACUUCGAUACCGGUCGAAGAAUUAAAACCAAUCAUUAUUUUGUGCGAAGCUAAAGUUAUUGAAAAUGAAUGGCGAUCGCUGAAAAAUCUUCCAAAUAUCUAUGUCUUUUCAGGAUCACCAUUAAACAGAGCAAAUCUUCGAGCUGCCGGUGUUGAAAGAUGUUCAACUUGUGUUGUACUCUCAUGUUCAUUUGAUAUUUCUGGAAAGCCAUCAUUAAUGAUAGAUAAAGAAAGUAUCCUAUGCACUUUGAAUAUUCGUCAAUUGUUAGCUGAUGCACAUAAAACAAAUAUUUUAAAUAUGACUGAACACAAUCAUCCUAUGCUCGUAACUGAGCUUUAUGAUGUAACCAAUGCAAGCCUUCUAUCAACUAAAUCAAAAUAUGGAAGUACUUACUUCAAUCCAUUAAUUGCCUCAGGAAAUAUUUUCGAAUCUAACGUCUUGCAUAGUCUUUCAUCAAAUGUACUAUUCGACCCAACUGUAAUAACAUUUAUUGAGACAAUUUUAGGCGGUGGACCAGGUCAUGAAGUAGAAAAGGUAUUUGCUAUUGAUAGUGGUUUCUUUCCAGGCUUAAAGGGACAACCAGUCAGUACUUUGACAUUUCCAGGUUAUCUAACUGGUAAUAUACCAAGUCAAGUUGAUGAUAAAAACGAAAGUAAUCAGCCUUAUUGCAAUGAAGUACAAAAUACUUUGUCAACUACUGGUUCUAUCUCUGAUUUUAUGAAUAAUGAACACAAUAAAGCAUUUCUAAAGAAGAAUAGUUUAAAUGGAAAUAUACCCCAGUUUGAUGGACAAACAAGAUCACGUCAAUCAAGUGACUGUUAUGUAGAGGGUAAUAAGAAUGUAAUUUAUGAUAUAUUUAAUAAUGCAGAACUCUUGAAAGAGAAGACAGAUCCUAAUUAUAUAACAGCAGAUCAUGAACAAAUAAAUGUAAAAAGUUUUUUAAGCUAUAAAACUGAAACAGGCGAAGCGAUUGCUGUUCGGCUAUCCCAAAUUCGUUUAAUACCCCUUAUGGAAUUGGAUAAAGAACUUCAUCAUCUGGCUUCGCAGAAAAUUCUGACUUUCAGUCAGUUAUUUCACGCUGAGUUGGCAAGUACCGGGACAAUAUCAAUCGGCCUUUAUCGAAGUGUUGAAGCUAGCAAUAAUAUGGAUGAAUGUUUGUCAUGCAAAAACAUAUACCUUGAAGCUAGUGGAAAAAUCGAAAGAUUUGUCUACACAUUACCAGAACCUACAACUCCAAUAUACCCAAAUGAUAUGGUUUACUGCCUUACAGCGAUGACUGAAAAUCCAAUGGUGGGGUAGAGGAGAAAAAUAUGCAACGAAAUCAUUCAUUUUUUUAUCCGCUUUUACUGAGAUCAGUUGUCACGUUUGUUUCCAUGACAGUUACCCUUGUUGAUUCUUUAUAUUCAUUUUUGUGAUCGAAGAGAAAAAAUACAGGUAUAACAAACUGUAAUGUUACAU